AUGUCGACUUCAAGUUCAAAGUCUUCAAUGACUGAAAAGCCAAGCCAUGAUUACGACAACUACUCCAAAAUCCAUUCAUUUAUUGGGUUGAGGGGCGAGAAGUUGAACUUAGCAGUUUCGGUGCUUUCUGGAGUCGGGUUUCUUUUAUUUGGAUAUGAUCAGGGUGUUAUGGGAAGUCUUCUUACAUUGCCUUCUUUCAGAGAGACCUUCCGACAAAUUGAUGUAACUACCCAUCCUGAAAAUUCUGUUCUACAAGGUGCCGUUAUUGCCUUGUAUGAGAUUGGAUGUAUGAUCUCUGCUCUUUCAACUAUGUACUUUGGUGACAAGCUUGGAAGAAGAAAAUUGAUAUUUAUUGGUUCAGUUAUUAUGCUUAUCGGUGGUGUAAUUCAAUCUUGUGCUUACACAGUCGCUCAUUUAACUGUUGCUAGAAUUAUAACAGGAUUUGGAAAUGGUUUCAUUACUGCUACAGUGCCAAUAUGGCAAGCAGAAUUGGCCAAACCUAAAAUGAGAGGAAAGCUUAUUAUGUUGCAGGGUUCCAUCAUUGCUCUCGGUAUAACAAUCUCAUACUGGGUGGAUUUUGCUUUUUAUUUCUUAGAUAAACCAGGAGCUUCAUAUGCAAGCGUUUCAUGGAGAUUUCCCAUUGCUUUCCAGUGUAUUUUCCCAAUCAUCAUUAUCCCUUUUAUUUUCAAAUUACCAGAAUCUCCAAGGUGGUUAUUGAAGAAGGAACGCAGGGAGGAGGCGCGUAUUGUCUUCUCUGCCAUCUAUGAAGUCCCUCUUGAUGACCAUUUGGUUCAUGCUCUGAUUGAAGAAAUUGAACAAUCUAUUGCCAUGGAGGUUCGUGAAGGUGCAGAUAAAUUCAACUUCAAGAGUUUAUUAAGUCAAGGAGAAUCCAAAAACUUCCAAAGAACAAUGAUUGCAGCUUGGUCCCAAAUUAUGCAACAAAUUACAGGUAUUAACUUGAUCACUUACUACGCUGGUACCAUUUUUGAACAGUACAUUGGAAUGCCUCCUUUGCAGUCUAGAAUUUUGGCGGCUUGUAAUGGUACCGAGUACUUCUUGGCUUCUUUACUUGCAUUCUGGACCAUUGAAAGGUUUGGAAGAAGGAAAUUGAUGCUCUUUGGUGCAGCUGGGCAGGCAAUUAGUAUGGCAAUUCUUACAGGUUGCAAUCAUAAAGCGGAUCCAACUAAUUCUGGUAAUUCUGUCGACCAUAAGGCUGGUAUUGCAGCAGCCGUCUUUCUUUUUGUUUUUAAUUCAUUUUUUGGAUGUACAUGGUUAGGAAUUUCUUGGUUAUUACCUCCUGAAAUCUUACCGUUAGGUAUUCGUGCUCCUGCCACCGGUAUAUCUACUGCAUGUAAUUGGGGAUUUAACUUCAUGGUUGUGAUGAUUACCCCAGUGGCCUUCAGUAACAUAGGAGCUUAUACGUAUUCUAUUUUUGCAGUCAUCAAUUUCUUGAUGAUCCCAGCAGUAUAUUUCUUCUUCCCAGAAACGGCUGGAAGAAGUUUAGAAGAAAUGGACAUCAUAUUCGCUCAAACACCAGCUAACCAGCCAUGGAAGAGUGUUAGCAUUGCUAGAUCAUUGCCAUACAUGCAUGCUGGUGCUAACAACAAUGAAGACAUCGAAAAUAAGAGACACGCCUUUGCUGAGCAUAGGGAGAAUAUUCUGAUAGAAGAAGGUAGUGGAAAUAUACCUCCACUCUUAGAGCCUAAUGAGGAUACUGGAAAAGCUCACUAA